GUGUGCACGGCGAGGAAGAGAAAACGUCGUUGAUCGUCAAGGAUUGAUUUUGCCGCGUAAGCUCGCGCCAUUAUCUCUUUCCCGCCGCCAGGCUCGAGGCGUCGUUUAGUUGUAUAGUAGUUUCACGAUCAACGAAAGCAGAGGCGAACAACGACGGUGACGACGACCUCCCCUUAAGCAACGUCGACACGGACGACGACGAAGACGUCCACGUCGGCGUCAGCAGAAGUUCGCGAUUCAUUUUCCGCCUAGUUAUAACCCAGAUCGUGAGCAAGCGUGUAAAAGCUCGGCAAGUCGAUAAAGUCGGGCCUGACAAGUGAAGAAGCGCAGGAAAGAGUGACGAGCAGUGACAAGAUUCAAAGUAUAUCGAAGAAGAUAGAGUAAGUGAGAAAGAACGGUAGUAGAGGAGGUGAGGCAGUAGCGCUUCCCCCGCACGCUGCAAAAGUACGGUUGCAGAAGUGAGAGAAGAAAGAAAAGAGUAUAAGAGAGAGAGAGAGAGAGGGGAAGAAAAGCGGGAGAGUAAGUGAGACAGAGCGAUAUAAUUGACGACUACGCCGUUAGGCCGAAAAAGAAAAGAGACAAGAGGAGAAGUACGAUGUAACACCGACGAUCGUUCGAGGUAUUAUCGAAAAAAAAGUAUAAAUUCGUCGUGUUGGCGAUCUAGCUGAAGCUAAGGCAAGAUACAUAGAUCACCAACGACGAAGAAAUCCGACCCGUCAACCGGAUCAUCGUGGAGUUGUGCUAUAUAGGAAAGCUACCAAGUGCGGCGGUGUGCCUCCACUGGCGAGUGUGUACGAACCAUUCCGAAAACGUCAACCCCUGCCUCCCCUCGCGGCAUAACUCUCCGCAAUACUCCGCGCCCUCGUCAGGUUAUUAGGUAGUAGAACCGCACUUCUCGGUGCAUGAUACUCCCUGACAGCGGUGGUUAAUACGAAAGAUUGUCGUAAAUUGUGUCAAUUCGUGUAGUCAGUCAUCGUCGGUGCGGUGUGUCGUAAAACGUUGGUGGCCAUCGUUGGAAGAAGGAAAGAAGAGCGUCGUGUGAAUCGCAUCGGUUCAAGCCUGUCGCGUGAAGUUGCUUGUGCGAACAAAGCGUAUAAAUUCAGUGUGCGCUGUUGAACGAACGUUUGGAUCGUGCGAGCCGCAACCUAACAUCACCACCACCACUACCAUCGUUAAAGCGGGAUCGAGUAUCAUACACGAAGGAAGUGUCUCGGGGGUGCGAAAAUUUUGACGGCCACCACUUUCUCUGUUUUCCCUUUUCUCCGUGUCGGUGGUUAACCAUUGUCGACCACGAUUCCUCGCCUUAGUUUCCUUUUUCCCAAUCUUGCGCGCGCUUUGCUCGCUCAUAGCUCUUCCCUCCCAUCUAUCCCUCCACCUACUCCCUCCCGCCCUUCCACGCUUCUUCUAUCUCUCUCACUCUAUCCCUCUUUUCCCCCCCGUUUCGUACCGUCUCGCUCUCUUUCUCUCCCUCCAUCCAUCGAUCGAGCGCGGCCGUGGCGUAAUAUAGAAGAACCGAACCGUGCGGACGUGCAUGCGUGCGUGCGAUGUAAUUAUCGUUCGCGCUGUCAUUGAUGUCCGAGGUGGUGUCAACGACGACGACGACGACGGCGACGGCGACGACGCGCUGCUGGCUAUCUUCACGUGAGGAAGUGGCACGGCCAGCCGAGGCGGCGACCAGCGGAAGCAGAAGCGGCAUAUUCUAAAGCAUAGUGUCAGGUGGCGGUGGCGAAGGGGGUCAAGAAGAUUUCAGAAUGAGCCUCCGACCAAGGACCACCUCCUUUGCCGAUUGUACCAACGCGCCCUCGAAUCCGCCCCUGGGUGGCAUGAGAGUCAGCAGCGGUGUGAUGUAUAAUGCAGAUAGAGAUGGCAACAAAGUCACGACAGUGGUGGCUACACCAGGUGGUGGUCCAGACCGCCCCCAGGAAAUCUCCUACACAGACACUAAAGUGAUCGGUAAUGGAAGUUUUGGUGUCGUGUACCUAGCGAAACUUUGUGACGCGGAGGAACUGGUCGCCAUCAAGAAGGUUCUCCAAGACAAACGAUUUAAGAAUAGAGAAUUACAAAUAAUGCGACGUAUCGAACACUGCAACAUCGUGAAACUGAAAUACUUCUUUUAUUCCAGCGGUGAUAAGAACAUCUUAAACGCGACUAAUCCAGUUUUUCACGUGGACAAGGACGAGGUUUAUCUGAACCUAGUGUUGGAGUACAUACCCGAGACCGUGUAUAAAGUCGCUCGGCAUUAUAACAAAAGCAAGCAGACCAUACCGAUCAAUUUCAUCAAGUUGUACAUGUACCAACUGUUCCGUUCUCUGGCGUACAUCCACUCGUUGGGUAUCUGCCACAGGGACAUCAAGCCACAGAACCUACUGUUGGACCCAGAAUCCGGUGUCCUGAAGCUCUGUGAUUUCGGUUCGGCCAAACACCUGGUCAAAGGCGAGCCCAAUGUGUCUUACAUUUGCAGUCGUUACUAUCGCGCGCCUGAGCUCAUCUUUGGUGCCAUCGAUUACACCACAAAAAUUGACGUAUGGAGCGCAGGUUGCGUGGUGGCAGAGCUACUGCUCGGUCAACCGAUUUUCCCUGGUGACAGCGGAGUCGAUCAACUGGUGGAGAUCAUCAAGGUCCUCGGCACACCGACCCGCGACCAGAUACGCGAGAUGAACCCCAACUACACGGAAUUCAAGUUCCCACAAAUCAAGGCACAUCCGUGGCAAAAGGUGUUCAGGGCACGCACGCCACCAGAAGCGAUGGAACUAGUCGCUGGCCUGUUGGAGUACACACCGUCCGGACGGAUCACACCGUUGGAAGCGUGUGCCCAUCCAUUCUUCGACGAGUUACGAGAACAGGGCACCCGGUUGCCGAACGGCCGAGAGCUUCCUCCGUUAUUUAACUUUACAGAGUACGAGCUGCGAAUUCAGCCGUCGUUGAACUCGAUCCUAAAGCCGAAGUACAUGCAGACUUCGGAGAAUCCUGGAGGCCAGUCGGAACCGGUCGCGGGGUGUAGCGGUAACACUAGUGAUAACGUGAGCACCAACACGCUACCGACCUCAAAGAACACAGACCCUAGCCAGUCGAACAUGGCUUAAGCUGCUUUCUAUUUUUACCAUUAUUCAGAAAAUACACACACACAAGAGAGAGAGAGAGAAAAAAUAAGAAAACCGAGAAUUCACGUGUUAGAUACUAGCCUUAAAAAGUACGGUAGAGAGCGAGAACCAAGAAGAGGGAAACUGAUCUUCUGAGGAGGAUGUCCCCGCGUACACACUUAUAUACAUACAUACAUUCACACAGAAAUACACACAUUUAACAAAUAUUACAGACAUACAAGUAAUCCCAGAUUGUAAAUUGAACUCGAUGCAAAUGGCGAUACCGUGUGGUCUUUCAGCUUUCUUCGCUUGAUACACGAAUGACGAAUGGUGGUCCCCUUUUGUAACGGGUUCGCCGUGGAAACACGACUCUCACAGUGGCGUACGAACGCUUGAUUGCCACCUUAUUGCCAAAAAAAAAAAAAAAUUCAAUUCAGUGUGUAUAUAAUAUUAUAGGAACUGGCCCGUAACUUCUUUAAACGAUAAUUGCUAUAUAUAAAUAUAUAUAUAUAUAAAGAAACAAACAAAAAAAAUUAUAUGCGAAGUUUUUUCUAGUUGAGAAGAUGUGUAAUCUGCACUGUGUAUAUAGUAUACGGUGUAGACCGCGUCAACGCCGCUUGCGUCGUCAUUCUCAUCAAUUGAAUACCACACACCGCGCGAGAUCGAAAGAGAUGAAGCCAGCUUGACACGGGUGACUAAACCGAGAAUUAAUCAGAGUACAGAAAUCGGCUCGCAGGAACGUUUCGUUUGGCCAGUUAGAGAAACUCGUUUUCUAAUGGGGUGUACGAAAAGAAUUCGUGCAGGUGUUUCGUUUCGAGGGGUGCUCGAAAACACUGCAGACAGAUAUUUUAUAUUGUGUUCAAGAUUCUACCGUGCAGAGAAGGAGAGGGUUGAAAUAGGCACGCACGUUACGUUUCACGCGGAGAAUCUCAAUCGAACGGUACAUAAACGCGCGUACACAGCGAGAAACACACAUUAGUAUUUGCGUGCACAAUCUCUAUUUAUCGUAAGGCGAAUUAUCGCGGCUGUUGUACGGACAUACACACACACACACACACACAUAUACACCAACUGUCGAGCGAAAGAGACCCGUGGAAAAAGGGAGAACCACGCGGACACGCGUUCUUCGUGCCUGGAUCAGUCAUGCCUGGACGAUUCGGAUCCGCUAUCCUCUGUACCUACCGAUACUAUUGCUGCUAGUAAUACUCUAUUCGUACGGAUACCGUUACACGAUCAAUUCUCUGUAUCUGAAACUUGCCACACGUAUACACGAAACCACCUCCGUCGAGGAGGACAGGGAUUUAUUUUCGAAUAUCGUCGAUCGUUCCGCUGGAAGAGCACGUUUCCAACGUCGCGUCAGCGUGAACGACGACGAGCAGGGGGGAAAAUUGAUUUGCAAACGGACAGGAUAAAUAUUGUAUGCCAGGGAGAGAAAACGGUCGUACAGAGUACCUCAGAUAUUUGACUGGCAAAUGUUGGUAGAAAAAGGGAAACGAUUUUUGUCCUUGGGAAAUGUUGUGUAACUGAACGAUAUGUAUAAUGUACGAGGAGAUUUGUACAUUUGUAAACUGACGAAACAGUCUCUAAAACCUGUGCAGCUGGACCUUCGAUGCAUGUCGCGUGAAUUAGCCGCCAUUUUACCAUUUCUACAUAUCAUUGCGUCGCAAGAAAGUAUAAGAAAGAGAGGCAGCCUGCCGAUGGAACACGAGAGUCUGAACACGAUUUGUUUCGGUUCCAUUCUUUUCUUCUCUUCUUCUGUUUUUUUUUUUUUUUUUUUUUUUUAACGAAAGGACGAACGUUGACAGGGAAAGAAACAAGAAAAGAGAAAUGAUAGACCAGAAAGAGAGAAUGGUGAAGAGAGUGCGAGUGUGGAAGAGAGUGAGUGAAAGAAGUAAGUUAAAAAGCCUUGACAUUCGUUUCAGAAUUUUAUGAAUGUUGAUAACGAUGUAAAUUAAGUUUUUAAUCGAUUAACUAAUACCAUUUAAUUUUUUUUUUUCUGGUAAAUGUACUUCGUUACUAGACGAAAGUUAGAUAAAUUCUUGAUUUCCUUUUUUCCCUCUAGUCCGUCGAAGAACACUGAAAGAAAACGCGUUUCGUAUUUGAUAUAAAGAGGAUAAUCGUGCUCUGAAGACAAGAGAACUUGUCCUCUUCUUCUUUUUUUAUAUAUACAUAAGUUAUAUUUUAAUUGAAAGACAAACUGAAAUUAUUGUUAAUCGUGGAAUUAUUUUUUUUUUUUUUCGGACGGUGUUAAUUUUCUCGCCUGAGAAUCUGAAGAAAUUGUUUGUUACGUUCUUACAGGAAAUAAUGGUCGUUCCUUUGAAACUUCUAAUUUACUUUAGAGAUAAAUUUCAAUUUUCUUAAAAAACGAUCAGUCGACAGGCCAUUAUUGAACCUGCUUAAACGUACAAUUUUCCACUUGCGAAAAUAAUUAUUUAACGUAAUCGUCGAUCGACAGGGGAACACGGGUGAUCGAACAGAGAUCGAAAAAACUUGCGUGGCGCUGCUUUUUCGAUAUUUCAGACCGACGGAAACGAUGAAUUCAAUGGUAGUGAACCGGAUGUUCCCGAUCUAGCCGUCGAAGAGAACGAGCUUUCGAGCGCAUGAACGAUAAACGUGAAGCGAUAAUGCACGGCUUGAAAUAUAGAUUGUUGGUUAUUUGUCGUAAUUAUUCUAUUAAUAAAGAAAUUCAUCGAUUUGAUUUGAUUCUAAAUGUUUCUCAUCUUAUCUCGCGGCAAUUGUGUGUCGCUUGUGCUGGUUACCCGUGUGCUUUUUCAGCUGAUCGAGACGCAGCUGAGAUAAAGAAAGUGAUCGAAAGAAGAAAGAUAAAUGAUGCGUUAUUGAAGUGAAGAUGAUCAAUGAUCGAGCAAGUCGCCGAUGCAUUGAUUUCAUUAUUAGUUUCGCUUUUAAGGCUUCGUCGAGCACGAUACAACAGGGUGUUUCAUAAUAUGUGGGAUCCAUUUUAAUGUUAAUGACAAAAUCAUUUUAACACUUUGACAAUUUCAUGUUUCGUUUAAAUUUUGACCUCCAUGAUUUUAUGUAUCUUUUCUUUUAUAAAAUCUUCGAUCUUCAACUUAAACUUCUGCUAGGCAAAUUGAGAAUCUUUGUUCAAGUGUCUACUCUAUGUAGGCUCUCCCAAAGCUCUCACUGGGUUCUCCUGAAACCAAAGACAAGUGGAGAGAGAUUCCUUCCUUUGCACUCACCCUUAGCUAAGAAACACCUAUGUUGCACCCUCGUGUGCAUAAUACAGCAAAACAUAUUUUGAAACACCCUGGAUAAUUGAAGGAGAAACGAUGGUGGCGAGGCCGUGUAAAAUACUGAAAAUUUAUAUAUAUAUGUAUAAAUAAUUUCGUGUGUAUGUGUAUAUAUAUAUACCAAUAGAUAUAUACAUACAUAUAAUAAAAUUGCGUACGUAUAAAUAUAUAUAUAAAUGUGCAGAUGAAUUUUUAUCGUGAUUGUAAAGAAAGAGGAGGGAUAAGGAAAAAUGAUUGUCUUGAACUAUAAACUCGUCAUCGUUUCGCUAUUACCACUGCAAGAACCAUCUCAUCAUCUUUUUUUUUUUUUUUUAUUUCUUCUUAACCGCGUCAUGUCGCGCCGUUUCGAAUCAUCUAGUAAAUAAAUUGUAAUAAUUGUGUAAAGAAAGAUUAAUAAAGUAAUUUAAUAUGUA